AUGGCGAAAAAUUACGACUGUUUAUUUAAGCUGCUACUGAUUGGCGAUAGUGGCGUCGGCAAGACCUGCGGAAUUAUGCUUGUCUACGACAUCACAAAUGAAAAAUCUUUCGAGAACAUCAAGAACUGGAUUCGGAACAUUGAGGAACAUGCAAGCCAAGAUGUCGAAAGAAUGAUUAUUGGAAACAAGUGCGACAUGGAGGAUCGACGAGUAAUUUCCCGGGAACGCGGGCAGCAGCUGGCCAUCGAAUACGGUACCAAAUUCAUGGAGACCUCUGCAAAGGCGAACUUGAACAUUGAGGAUGCGUUCUUCACGCUUGCUAGGGAUAUCAAGAGUAAAAUGGAACGCGGCCAAGGGAACACGGUGGGCGUCGGUGGCACAACGGGCAGGGUGGCCAUUGGCAGCCCUAAGGAAAAGAAGGGCCUUUUCUCAGGAUGGAGUUGCGCCAUACUU